CGGCCCCUCGUUCAAACAAUGUCCUCCAGCCCGGGCAGCCCAGAGAGCCUCUGAUCGCAGCACAGCCUUGGACUUAUUUCAAGGGACAUUAACUCCAAAACCUCUCCACAAGGCCGUGGCCCUGAGUGUAUGACCCAGGAAAAGCUAGGGAUGAGCACCUCCCUGAGCUACAAGUCGUUCUCCAAAGAGCAGCAAACUAUGGAUAACCUGGAGAAGCAGCUGAUCUGCCCCAUCUGUUUGGAGAUGUUCACCAAGCCAGUGGUCAUCCUGCCCUGCCAGCACAACCUCUGUCGGAAGUGUGCCAGUGACAUCUUCCAGGCCUCCAACCCCUACCUGCCGACCAGGGGAGGUACCACUGUGGCGUCGGGAGGCCGCUUCCGCUGUCCCUCCUGCAGGCACGAGGUGGUCCUGGACCGACACGGUGUCUACGGGCUCCAGAGGAACCUGCUAGUGGAGAACAUCAUCGACAUCUACAAGCAGGAGUCCACAAGACCUGACAGGAAGUGUGACCAGCCAAUGUGCGAAGAGCACGAAGAUGAGAGAAUUAAUAUUUAUUGUUUGAACUGUGAAAUGCCCACCUGCUCCUUGUGCAAAAUCUUUGGUGCCCACAAAGACUGUCAGGUUGCUCCUCUCACAAAUGUUUACCAGCAACAGAAGUCUGAGCUGAGUGAUGGCAUUGCAGUCCUGGUGGGGAGCAAUGACAGAAUGCAAGGGAUUGUCACGCAGCUGGAGGAGACCUGCAAGACAGUUGAGGAGUGCUGCAGACGACAGAAAGAACAGUUGUGUGAAAAAUUUGAUUAUCUCUAUUCUGUACUGGAAGAAAGAAAGAAUGAGAUGACACAAAUAAUCACUAGAACCCAAGAGGAGAAACUGGAACACGUCCGGUCCCUGAUGAAGAAGUAUGCGGAUCACUUGGAAGCUGUGUCAAAACUGGUUGAAUCAGGAAUCCAGUUCAUGGAAGAACCAGAAAUGGCCGUGUUUUUGCAGAAUGCCAAAACAUUGCUGCAAAAAAUUACUGAAGCCUCUAAAGGAUUUCAAAUGGAAAAAAUAGAGGAUGGGUAUGAAAGUAUGAACCAAUUCACAGUGAACCUCAGUAGAGAAGAAAAAAUAAUACGAGAAAUUGAUUUUGACAGAGAGGAGGAGGGAGAAGAAGAGGAGGAAACAGAGGAUGGAGAAGGCUUGGGUGAAGUCCAGACAGAGUCAUCAGGAGAGGAUGAAGAGGAGGAAGAGGUGGAAGAGGAAGGGGUGGAGAGAACACCACAGCCACCUCAGCAGGACCCUGAAGCACAGAGUGCAGGGGGAGAGCCCCUAACUGAACCCACCCCAGCGGCAGUGCUGGCUGCCCCAGCUGGUCAGGAUGUUGUUGUGACACCAAGUGGUUCUCAACAGACUCCCGAGUCUGACACUCAAGUGCCGGCCACAGCAGAGACCACCGACCCCUUGUUUUACCCUAGCUGGUAUAAGUCCCAGUCACGGCAACCAAGCAGUCCAAGCUCAACCCUGGUGAGUGGGCUGGGGAAAGUAGGGACUCCUGUUUCUCUGGAAACAAGUGCAAAGAAGGCAGAAGCCCCGACAGCAGCAACAAUCGAGGAGAGUGCACCAGGGAGUGGUAAGGAAAGUAACGCCACUGCAGCGGUGUCCAAGGAGUUAGCAUUCUGCAUAACACUUUUGGCAUUUCUUAUCAUACUACAUCGUCUUUGGAAUCUGAUUCAAUACAUUUGUACUUUCAUGGACUGGUUCUGAACCAUGCCCUCAAGGACGAGUGGAGGAAGCUCCCGUGAGCAGUGAGAGGGGUGACGAGCCGGCUCGUCAUGUCUUCUCCUUCUCCUGGUUGAACUCACUGAAUGAAUGAUGACUCACUCAGGCUGGCUUCUGGUGUGCUUCUCCUGGGAAGGACCAUGAGCGCAGGCAGCCUGGCUGCAGUCAGCAAAGAAACUGGCCUGGGAAGAGACAUCCGAGCAGGUUUCCUUCCUAGGGCACUCAGCUGACCUCCACAUCACGCCCUUGAAUUGACAGACCUGAGAGGGAGGGGAGCGUGGGGACAGAUUACUUAUAUGUAUUGUAGUCAGAGUGUUUUCCAAUGAUUUCUUGCUUCCGAGGGGGAAGAAGCAUCACUACAGCUUUAGGCUGAGCACUGCUAGUUUUGUAACUCACUUGAUGGCACGUCCCCAUGUAGGUGUAAACACUUCACCAAUGUUCUUAGCUAAAAUGCUGGUAUGAUAUUCUCUAGUAGCAUCCUUUGCCAAAACAGUGUUUCUCCUCACUAUCCUCCUGCGUCCCCGCUUGUCAGUGCUGGUGACUUCAGUGACACCAUCAUUGUCCUUGGCAGCCCCAAGUCAGGGUUGUGUCUAGCAGUACUGGUGCCUCCCAGGCUGCGGAGGCUGAACACUGGAGGGAAGAAGGAAGCUGCCAUUUCUUCCUUUGCACUUGCUCUUCCUACUAAACCACAACAGAUGACGCUCACAAAAACACAUUAUUUGUAAGGAAGAUUCCCAGUGGCAGGAGCGAGGAAGAUGUACAUAUCAAAAGCACUUGCCAAGACCCCACACAGCUCUGAGUAUGUAGGGCAGCUGCUGAAGUGCUGCCCAGUCUGUCCAGCUGUAACCUGUGUCCGUGCCUUCUCAGCCAUCGGUGUGCAUACCAAAGGGAACAUGUUCUUACAUGAAACCAGAGUGUAAUAAGGUGGUCACAGGUAUUUAUCACUCAAGGUUUAUUUCAAAGCCCCUGUGCUGUGCUGCAGAAAAGGCAGAUGCUGACUGUCCUGUUCUGUGUGCACUACAGAUGUUGAGCCAUCACGUGAAACCAAAUUCAUGUCUUAAAAGAGGCUCUACAAGUUGUACUGAAGGCAGCACUCUGUGAUUUUUGUCACUGGGAGAAAGAUGUCAACACUCAGUAGUGUUUAAGAGAUUGGCAGGCUGCCGGGAGCCCUUGGUGCCAUAGGGGACCAGGUGUCAAGCUCUGCACUAGGGUUACGUGUGGAUCUUUCCCAAAUCCCCGAGCCAGGCCCUCAGUGCGCUGUUUUGGCAGGGGCCUGUGUGGGGCCGUGAGGCUGCGCUGUGCCCCAGCAGGACUGGCGACCUGGAGGUGUAGACUGGUUAGCAGGCUGUGUGCGGUCAGCCCCUGCCCUGGACAUCCCUUGCUCCCAGCCCGGGUGACACCAACCCUCGCUGGCAUCUGUUUUCCCUGGAGAACGUUCUCUGGAAAUGUCUCCUGCGAGAGUUUUGAAGGGCUGCGCAGGCGAGCUCCGCGCGAAGCUUAGGAACUCGCUCAGCCCGGAACGAGCGCCGCCCAGCACCGCCACCGCAUCGCCCCCGGCUGCUGGAGAAGCUUUUCUUUCCCUGGGAUUUGUUUCGGAGUGAGGGAUUUACUGUUUUCUCCCUGUCGUCCUGGAAAUUUCCCUCAGCUCCUCCCGGGAAGUUUCCCCACACCCGCUGCCGCCUCCCAAGCGGCCCCUGGGACGGGUCUCGCUUGGGCACCGCCGUCGGGACGGGGGAAGGCGAAACAGGGAGGAACCCGCCCUUUUGGGGUGCGGGGAGGAUGCGAAAACUCAGAAGAGAUGCGGGAGCGCCUCAUCGCUUUCCCAUCGUCGCUGCUCCCCGGCGGGAGGAGGCCACGGCGGCAGGAGCCAGGCAGCCCCCUCGCGGGGCUGCAGAGGUGGGAUUCGGCAGCUCCGGGGGGCAGCGAUUUGCCCUCGACGCCCCGUUCCCGGGAGCAGCCCCCGUCCGGGGCCGGCGGCGUCGGGGGCGCGCCCGUGGGAGAGCCCGCGGAGACGGGGGAGACAUCCCCGGGGGAGAUACAGGGCUCCCCGCGGCUCCGGGUGCCCACGGCCGCGGGUGCCCCCCGCCCCGGUAAGCGCGGAGGGAGGCGGAGCGGCCCUCAGGCGUCUAAGGCAAGAAAGUCUAUCAAGUCAUCUUUACUUUGCAGCUUUUAU